AGGAAAUCCAGGUGAGUUGUAAGUAGAAUGUAUUUACACUGAAUUAACAAGUAAUAAAAAGGUCACAGUCCAUACGAAUACAAAUUGAUUAUGUUAGCAUUUCAAAGAAUAGCUCGGCAAAUAAACUACAGUGUGGAACAUGUAUCUCCGUUUAUUUUUAAAGUCAACUUGCCUGGAGGUUUUUCAUACGAAGCAUUUGAUAACGCAGCUGGAAUGAUAAGACCAAGGAGCUUACUUAUGGUAGUUGAAUCUUCAAGAGUAACAAGUUUUUGGCCAAAGAAAUCAGAAUCAUUUCUGGACAUGGAAAGGUUAGCACGAGAUAACCUGAUUUAUAUAGCAACAAUUCAAUUACAAGUAUCUCCUUCAGUAUAUUUGCAAAAUACCCCGAAAUAUCCACUCUCAGUAACACAUUCUUUAGCCUAUAUAGGAAAUUCUUCGAAACGCAUUUCAAGUAUCCUUACCUGUCCAGAAGUGUCAAAACCUUAUGCACAAUUUUUUGUGCAUCAUGUUCUUAUCGAUCCAGCUACCCGGAAACCAACUGCAUUUCCAAAAUGGUGGAUGGACAAGUAUGGUAGCUUGAAACCGGAAGUUGUUCGUCCUUUAAAAAUGGACCAUUUGUUACGACCGGACCAAUGUUUAGAAGAUAAAAUAAUUGUUCACCCACGUGAUUGUGAUGUUUAUGAGCAUACUAGCUGGGCAAACUAUGGAAAUUUCUGUUACGACUCAUGUUGUGUUUUUGCACGAAAGUCGCUCUACAAAACUAUUAAUAGUCAGUCAUUGAAGAAUGGACUAAAAUCAAUCACAGUUUCGUUCAAGAAGGAAUCCCUUGAACUUGAAUCGCUUGAUCUCUACUCAUGGGAUGAUAUUCACGCACCAAACAAAGCUCAUUUUGAAAUUCUAAAUCAAAAUGGAGAGAUAUGUUGUCAAGCUUCAAUUGAAUUCUUUUCUCAUUCACCAGAAGAAGAAAUAAGAUUGGAAACUCAAGCAACGUCAAAACUUUAAUCUACAAAAAUGACUGUUAUUAUGUAAAUGUAUUUAAAGAUAUUAUAUUCAGAUAAAUGA